AAAGUUCGUUACGUAGACUGAGUUCAGUGUCGUCGGACCGAGUCCCCUCACAAGAGCAAAACCAACAAGAAUCUCCGAUUCUUUAGCAAAAGAAAGGGAUACAAAUCGUCCGAGACAUGCGGAGUAUACCGUUGGGAAUUUCGGUCUCCUCAACCUCUGCCUCCAUAAACAACUCCAAAACCUCGUCUUGUCUCAACAACCUCAAUUUUAAUUUCAAGAAAUCACAGAACCCAUCUUUCCCUUCUAGGGUUCCUCGCUCUUCUCAUGGAUUCUCUCCCUCCAAAUCAGGAGUUUGCGGAGCCAGUCAAAUGGUGGAUUUAUUUCCCAUCGUCUCCCCCCAGAUUGUUGUUAGGGAGGCCAGGUUAGAGGACUGUUGGGAAGUGGCUGAGACUCACUGCAGCUCCUUCUUCCCUGAAUACUCCUUCCCGUUAGAUUUUGUGCUGAGGGUUGACAGGCUGAUGGCAAUGCUAGCGGGAUUCUCUCUACCCAGUGGUUGCAGGAGAACUUGUUUGGUUGCUGUAAUUGGUAGCACUGUCAAUGAAGCCUUCUUUUUUGGAAGUGAAGAUUGCAAAAUUGGUGCUUUUGAUGGGAAAUUCAAUCUCAAUAGAGGAUAUGUGGCUGGAAUUUUAACAGUGGAUACUGUGGCUGAUUUCCUUCCUCGGAAAGGACCACUCCGUCAGAGAAGGACUGGAAUUGCAUAUAUAUCAAAUGUUGCCGUUCGGGAGAGAUUCAGACGCAAGGGAAUAGCUAAAAAGCUUAUAGCAAAGGCCGAGGCUCAAGCCAGGAGCUGGGGUUGCCGUGCCAUUGCACUGCACUGUGACUUAAACAAUCCCGGGGCCUCAAAGCUAUAUAAAGGCCAGGGUUUCAGAUGUAUCAAGGUCCCAGCAGGAGCUAACUGGCCCCAGCCCAAGACUUCGCCGGAUAUUAUGUUCAGCUUCAUGAUGAAGCUAUUAAACACUUAAGCUACUGCUUAAUGUGAAAAUUGAAAAGUUAAAUUAGCAUUAAAAUAGAAAGCUCAAAGAGUAGGAGGAUCGAGAUUAGUUUGUUGUAUAUAUAGAUAAUGAGAUUAACUGAAGGAAUCUGCUGCCGAUCAUGUGGCAAUGUAUUAUUUCUGGAGCAUGUCAUCGUGCCAUGACUUGUUUGUUUGAUAUAUACAACUCCUUUAAAGCAA